AUGCAUUGGUCUACUUUGCACCUCCUCGCAGUGACGGGGCUCGCCGCUGCUUCUGCUAUACAUGAUCCAUGCAAGGCCCUCGAGUCCAAGAUCCCGGGCCGCGUCUCAUACCCCGGUACAACAACCUACGAUGCCUCCCUCUCAUCCUACUAUAGCGGCCAGGAGCGCGCCUUGAGUCCCGGUUGUAUCUUUAGGCCGACCAAUACUUCUGAAGUAUCCCAGUUCGUCAAGUUAGUGACUUCAGCCGAUUACAAGACCAAUUUCGCCGUUCGGGGUGGUGGACACACCCUCUGGACUGGCGCGGCAAACAUUGCUUCUGGCAUCACCGUCGACAUGCGCCUCAUCAACCAAGUAGACUUGAGUGAGGAUCGCAAAAUUGCCCGCAUUGGAGGUGGCGCUGUAUGGGACCUCGCUUACGAGCAGCUCGUGCCGUAUAACUUGACUGUUAUGGGAGGCCGUAUUCCCGGGAUCGGAGUUGGUGGCUUCGCCAGUGGAGGUGGAAUUACCUUCCACGCACGCGAGCGCGGUUUUAGCUGCGACAAUGUCUACGGUUACGAAGUUGUUCUCGGAAGUGGUGAAGUCAUUUAUGUCGACGAAGGCUCUCAUCCCGACCUUUGGGUUGCUUUGAAAGGCGGCUCCAACAACUUUGGCAUUAUCACACGCUUUGAUGUAGCUACAAUUGCUCAGGGCAACAUGUGGUACAGCCUCCUGAGUUACAAUUAUACAAACGCCACGUUGCGGGCUCACGCCAAAGCCUUCAGCGACUUUAUGAAGCCAAAGAAUUUCGACAGCGCAGCUAUGAUGGGAGUCUUCCUGGUCUAUACAGGCGGUGAAUUCCUUCUCUCUGAUUCCAUGUGGUACACAAAGGAUGUUGAGAAACCCGCCGUUUACGACGCCUUCACCAAGAUUCCAAACUUGGGAGGUGUGGCCGAGCUCGACACUACUGCCAACGUCGUGAAACUGUUUGGACAGAACAUCCCAUCUAGCGAGCAACGUGCCUUCCAACUCACCUUUUCGUUCCAUAACCCGGAUCCCAAUGUCUACAUGGAGCUUUUCAAGAUCUGGGAGAAGGGCGUGAGCAAAAUCGCGAAAGUAGACAGCAUAUUCGUCGAGUUCUUGGUUCAGCCUCACCCCGUUACCAACGGCACCAACAUGUUCGGCCUGACGCCCGGAAGGACAGACGACGUUAUGAUCGACAUGACUGCUGGCUACGCAAACAAAGCAGAUGAUGCGCUAGUCCAGCGAGUCAUUAAUGACAUUGUGAACAAGCAACGCGCACUCUUAAAGUCGAAUGGGUAUCUGAUUGACUUCAUCUACCUCAAUUACGCCGACAUCUCACAGAAGGUCCUCCAGAGCUGGGGUGGGGAUAACAUUGCUAAGCUCAGAGCUGCUAGCAAGAAAUACGACCCCAACGGCGUGUUUCAGAAACAGGUCCCUGGUGGUUACAAAAUCCCAGCGUAG